CUACUAUCAUGUUUAACUUUCUCUCAAACACUGCAACAACGCACGCCGCAGCUGAUUCCUACACCGUGAAGCUCCUCCUCGCUCCCGUCUACGAGCUAUUCCUAUCGCCGACCGCAGCGCUCAUCGCCGAGCAAAUCAUCAUCUUAUGGAGGCAGAUCCGCGGGGCAGUGCUCGUCCCCUUGUUGAGGGUGGUGGUCAUCGCGUGCACCGUCAUGUCGAUCGUUGUACUCAUGGAGAAAGUGUUCAUCGGAUUGGUCAGCCUCUACAUGAAGGUCUUUCGCCGGAGGCCGGAGAAUGUGUACAAGUGCGACGCCAUCGUCGCCGCCGAUGCGGAGAACGGGGCCGCGGCGUUUCCUAUGGUUAUGGUACAAAUUCCUAUGUACAAUGAGAAGGAGGUGUACCAGCUUUCUAUAGGAGCUGCAUGCAAGCUUUCGUGGCCGUUGGAUCGGCUUAUUGUGCAAGUGCUUGAUGAUUCGACUGAUCCCAUCAUACAGGACUUAGUGAAGAACGAAUGCGAUGAAUGGUCGAAAAAGGGAAUAAACAUAAGGUACGAGACCCGCAAGGAUAGAGCCGGAUAUAAGGCGGGAAAUUUGAAGGAAGGGAUGAAGCACAGCUAUGUCGAAUGCUGCGAAUACGUCGCGAUGUUCGACGCCGACUUUCAGCCGGAACCCGACUUUCUGAUGAAAACCAUACCUUUUCUUGUUCAUAAUCCCAAACUCGCUCUCGUUCAGUCCCGAUGGAAGUUCGUGAACGCCGACGAUUGCUUGCUGACGAGAAUGCAAGAGAUGUCGAUGGAUUACCAUUUCAAGGUAGAGCAAGAAGCAGGAUCGUCGAUGUGCGCGUUCUUCGGUUAUAAUGGGACUGCUGGAGUGUGGAGAACUCGAGCAAUCAUGGAAGCCGGAGGUUGGGAGGAUCGAACUACUGCAGAAGACAUGGACUUGGCAGUAAGAGCAAGUCUCUUAGGCUGGGGCUUUGUAUACGUCGGCGACAUAAAGGUAAAAAGUGAAUUGCCGAGCACUUUGAAGGCCUACCGUUCUCAGCAGCAUCGUUGGUCUUGCGGGCCCGCACUCUUGUUCAAGAAAAUGCUUUGGGAUAUUCUGGAGGCAAAGAAAGUCUCGAUGUGGAAAAAGUUCUAUAUGAUCUACAGCUUUUUCGUAGCACGGAGGAUUAUAUCGGCUUUUUUCACCUUUUUCUUCUUCAGCAUACUGCUUCCUGUAAAGAUUUUCUUUCCAGAAGUCAUAAUCCCCAAAUGGGAGCUGCUGUAUGUUCCGACUGUUAUCACGCUGCUCAAUUCAGUCGGAACUCCGAGAUCACUGCAUUUAAUUAUCCUGUGGGUCUUAUUUGAGAAUGUCAUGUCGUUGCACCGGUGCAAAGCCAUUUUUAUUGGACUGCUGGAAGCAGGAAGAGCUAAUGAAUGGAUUGUCACCGAGAAAUUGGGUGACAUGCUGAAGACGAAACCGGUCAUCCGAGUUACUGAGAACUUACGAAUUAAGGAGCGGUUUCAUCUCCUGGAGCUGGGACUCGGCGUAUUUCUUCUGCUGUGUGCGUUCUUUGACUAUGCAUUUCGACGUGAUUGCUUUUACUUAUUCAUUCUUCCUCAAUCCAUCACAUACUUUAUUGUGGGAUUUGGUUUCAUCGGCAUCAUAAUCCCUAGUUAGAUGAACAUUUUUACUCUCACUUUCAUUCA